AGAGCCAACUACAGAUGCUCGAUGGCUGCUGGGAAGAGUCGCAUCAGUUGCGUGCGUCUAUUCCCCCAGAGCCAACCGUACCCUCCGGAAGAAAGUUAAAAAAUCAAGAAAUGCGCAGUGGGUUAUCGCUUUGUCCACUGCUCGUGGUGCUACUGGUAGAUCACCUAGUGGCUCCAGUGGCGCCGGCUAACCUACUGACCAGCUAUCUGCCCGCUUCCAUGCAGGCCUUGGCAUAUUAUAUAGAUCUGCUACAGUAUGAACCACUGUCCAGCACGACAGUGGGACCACCUUUCAGUGCGGAUGAUGGGGUGGAAUAUACAACUGCGAAUCCACUGACAUCCACAGCAUUGCCCACAAGAAUGAGGAGCACUACGACCAGGAGACCGAGUGGAGCAGGAGGUUCGGGCUCAGCCUGGUGGCAGCCACCAAGUUGGUGGGAGACUCCACAUAGAACUUCUACUACUGAGAAACCCACUUCACCACCCACGUUACCGCAUCAUCCGGGGAUUUUCGCUCCAGCUUCCAAGCGGGCAAAUGAGUUUGAAGGCCAUGCUCUUUUUGAAGAAAUCGGAGAUGAUGCGGACUUUGACAAGCUUCCUUUGUCUCUUAUCCGCGAUAUACAAAGCGAACACGACGACUUUACGAAUGAUGUGGAGUCGCUGGACAACUUUUUGCGUCUCUACGACGACAAUUACGGAAGGGCUGCCUUUGAUUUUGAGUCCGCCAUGGAUCGGUGGAGCAGCUCCUCGAUAGCAGGGAAGAAGAGGGUUCCACCCACAAAGCCCUAUGUGGAUUUCCUAUUGGUUUACGACCUUCUAAAGCGCGAUGCCAAGGCGGCUAAUCUGAGCAAGUACGAAGGAUAUUCUGAAGAUCUGCUCGAGCAGCUGCAUGAAUUGUCACAGGCCUCUUCGGCCAGGCAAUUGUAUACUCUGUUUCAAAGGAUGCUGGACCGGGGCGAUGUUCAGCGAAGUGACGUGGUGGCCCGCGUCCAAGGAAUCGUCAAAGAUUUGGGGAAUCCCAAAAGCGCCACAUCCAAGGCAUUGGCUUUUAUUCCUAGUAUGCAGUUUCUACCUUAAGCUCCUAGAUAAGUCGCAAUAAA